CCAAGGCCGGACAUAACGGUUCCAGGGCGGAAGUGGAAGUGAGGUUCCGCAGGUUGGCUGCGCCCGCCUGCUCGCUUCAGUGCCGCCUACUCUGUAGCUGCCGCGCCUCGCCCUCGAACUCUCCCAGCCGCUGCCGCUGCCGCCGCCGCCGCCAUGUCGGCCAGCGCCGUGUAUGUGCUAGAUCUAAAGGGCAAGGUGCUUAUCUGUCGGAAUUACCGAGGAGAUGUGGACAUGUCAGAGGUGGAGCAUUUCAUGCCAAUCCUGAUGGAAAAGGAAGAAGAGGGGAUGCUAUCUCCCAUCUUGGCCCAUGGAGGAGUUCGUUUUAUGUGGAUUAAACACAACAAUUUAUACUUGGUUGCAACAUCUAAGAAGAAUGCCUGUGUGUCUCUGGUGUUUGCCUUUCUUUACAAGGUAGUACAGGUAUUUUCUGAAUAUUUCAAAGAGUUGGAAGAAGAGAGCAUUCGUGAUAAUUUUGUUAUUAUUUAUGAAUUACUAGAUGAAUUAAUGGAUUUUGGAUACCCUCAAACCACUGACAGCAAAAUUUUGCAAGAAUACAUCACUCAAGAAGGCCACAAACUAGAAACUGGAGCCCCCCGUCCACCAGCCACGGUCACUAAUGCUGUGUCUUGGAGAUCUGAGGGAAUCAAGUAUAGAAAAAAUGAGGUGUUCCUGGAUGUCAUCGAAUCUGUUAACCUCUUGGUCAGCGCCAAUGGGAAUGUCCUCCGUAGUGAAAUUGUGGGCUCCAUUAAGAUGAGGGUGUUUCUCUCAGGAAUGCCAGAACUUCGCCUGGGCCUCAAUGACAAAGUUCUCUUUGACAAUACAGGGCGUGGAAAAAGUAAGUCAGUAGAGUUGGAAGAUGUGAAAUUCCACCAGUGUGUGCGCCUCUCCCGCUUUGAGAACGACCGGACAAUUUCUUUUAUCCCCCCUGAUGGAGAGUUUGAAUUGAUGUCUUAUCGCCUCAACACCCACGUAAAGCCCUUGAUAUGGAUCGAAUCUGUAAUUGAGAAACAUUCCCACAGCCGGAUUGAGUACAUGAUUAAGGCAAAGAGCCAGUUUAAACGCCGAUCGACUGCAAACAAUGUGGAGAUCCACAUUCCUGUUCCCAAUGAUGCCGACUCGCCAAAGUUCAAAACCACUGUGGGGAAUGUCAAGUGGGUCCCAGAGAACAGUGAAAUUGUUUGGUCAAUUAAAUCCUUCCCGGGAGGGAAGGAAUAUCUUAUGAGAGCUCACUUUGGCCUGCCCAGUGUUGAAGCUGAGGACAAAGAAGGAAAACCACCCAUAAGUGUCAAGUUUGAAAUCCCAUACUUCACCACCUCAGGGAUACAGGUGCGCUACCUGAAGAUCAUUGAGAAGAGUGGCUACCAAGCUUUGCCUUGGGUUCGGUACAUUACCCAGAAUGGAGACUAUCAACUCCGAACACAAUGAGGUUUCUCUGCCAGCCCAGAUGACACACAUCUUCAGGCCCAGAAUUUGUUUGUAGGAAUUUCUUGUGGUACUGAAGGCUGUCAGCGUCUUGUCUUCAGUGGCGACUUCAGUGAAUCUGAACGAGCCGAGGAGAGAGAAUUAAAUAGAUAUUUAUUGACUUUGACACCCAGCAUUAUAUGCCCUGACCAUGACUGUGUGGAUAUCUUUUCAUCAUUUGUACACAUUGUUUCUGCUGUUCCAGUUGAGUCACACUUUGCCCCAAAUAGGCAGGAACACAGGAAUGAUCUUAGAAUUCCCCUGUUCAUGCCUGCCCAAGUCAAUUUUGGAAGGAGACAAAAGCCCCAUUUUAGAAUAAAAUGCUCUUUUCUGAUUUGAUGUGAGCUGAGUGGUACCAAAAAGGAUGGUGGCAGAUUUGCCAAAAUAACUGCUAGGUGAGUCAUCUUCUUACUGGAAAUACGGUAGAGGCACCAGUGAAGCAGCGUCAAGUGGAAAUUUAGGGAAAAUGAUGUAUUCUGAAAGUUUGUUCUUUGAGAUCCAGCUCAUGGGGGAGGAUGUUAUCAGGCAGAGUUUUGGAGGUAAGUACAUGCCUAUUCACCCUGAUUCUCACCACAGCACAUCUGCUUCCAAAACUGCUCCUCAGAGUCAGUCUAGGGUAUGUCUCCCUAACAGGGAUCGGCAUACAGAAAAGGCCAGUGCUGAAUGUUUACAGAGCAUGUGCUGCCUGCUUUUGGGUUGUCACAACUCACUUUCCCAGGACGUUGUUGGGGUAGCGAAGUGACCCACAGUCAUGCUACCCACCAUCCUUCCCAUCCCUACCCCAAAACACCACUUAUAGCUCUUAAGGAUGAAUUUAAAUAUAGAGAAAACGAGAUUGUACCUGAGUAACAAGGGUUACUGAUUCCAUGUAGUCUUACCCAAGAAGCCAAAUAGAGAAGCUCAUUGAAUUAUUUACCCUUUUUUAGUUUGGGUGAAUCUUUUAGAUCCUGCAGACCCUUUCAAAAUCCAUUGUCCCUUUUGGUCACAGCCAUGCCAAAAGGUUCACAGGCUGUGUGUGCCUUCAGUCCAGGGGCUCCACUGAGCCUUGAAUUUCGGAUGUAUUGAAAAAAGGCUGGGGCCCUAGCUCUGGGUCCCCUUUCACACCAUGUGCCAUUCUGUUAGUUUUACAAACCAGAACAGUAUUUUUCUAGCUCUGCUGGGGGGCUGAUGAGUGUGAUGAAGAUGGGCUGCGUGUUGUGUUCGUCCUGGUAGGUAGCAGGGGCCUGAGAGGUGAGACAUUAAGUCCCUUCUCCCACCCCAGUCUGCUCUCAUUUGUCCUUGUGAAUCCAACAUCGUGAUUUUCUAGGGGAGACUUUGGCCCAGGUGUUUUCUGAAGAUGCUUCUUGAGACUGUGAGAAUAGAGUGUGUUCUGUAAAUGAAAGUGCUAUGUGUUUUGUUAAUGCCAAUUCAGUUACUGUUAUUACCACCCAACUGUAGAACAUAUUGGUCAAUAUUGCAUUAAAUGCAGAUUUCAAAUCUA